AUGUCGGCCAUCAUCCACGGGGGGGCGCUGCCCUGUCUGUGCGACCCCCAGGGCUCGCUGAGCGCUGAGUGCGAGCCCAACGGGGGGCAGUGCCAGUGCAAGGCCAGCGUGACGGGGCGUCGCUGCCACCACUGCUCCCCGGGCACCUUUGGCUUUGGGCCCAGCGGAUGCCGAGCCUGCCAGUGCAACAGUGACGGGGCCCUGAGCAGCUUCUGCGACAGCUUCAGUGGGCAGUGCCCGUGCCGGCCGGGCGCCUUUGGGCCCCGCUGCGACCGCUGCCAGCCUGGCUCCUGGGGCUUCCCCCACUGCCAGCCCUGCCAGUGCAAUGGGCACUCGGAGGAGUGCGACCCACGGACCGGCAGCUGCCUGCACUGCCGGGACCACACGGAUGGCGACAGAUGCCAGAGAUGCGCAGCUGGCCACUACGGGAACCCCACACUGGCCUCGGGGGAGCGCUGCCGGCCCUGCCCCUGCCCCGACGGGCCCGGCAGCACCCGCCACUUCGCCGCCUCCUGCCGCCAGGACAGCCGCUCCCGCCAGGUGAUCUGCAACUGCAACCCCGGCUACACAG